CUUCGGGAAGAGCAGCGUCUCGCUUCUGGUGGCGGCGAAAUGUUUUUCAUGCGAGCACCGGAGGAUUUGAGCGGAAAAGAUGGUGAGCUGAUCUUUGCGGAGUACUCAGAGGAGCACCCUCCACUGCUGAUGCAGCCGGGAAUGGCGACGAAGAUUAAAAAUUAUUACAAAAGGCGUCCUGGCAAGGAGAGCUCGGAGCCAACCUUUGAAUAUGGCGAAACUGCUUAUACGCACACCUCUCCGUUCCUUGGUUCCUUACAACCAGGUGAAUCAUUGCAAGCCUUUGAAAACAAUUUGUUUCGAGCACCCGCGUAUCAGCAUGCGAUGCCUGAGACAGAUUUUCUCAUCAUUCGCACCAGACACGGGUUUUACAUUCGAAGAGUGGAUGUCAUAUUUUGUAUUGGGCAGGAACUGCCCUUAACUGAAGUGCCAAGUCCAAACUCAAAGAGGGCAAGCAACUUUGUGCGAGACUUUUUGCUGGUGUUUAUCUAUCGAUUGUUUUGGGAAAGCAAAGACGAUCCUAGGAGAAUUCGAAUGGAAGAUAUUCGUCGCGCUUUUCCUCACUACGCUGAAAGCAGUAUCCGCAAACGCCUCAAGAUCUGCUCCGAUUUUAAGCGACUGGGGCAGGGCCCUGAAGCGAACUUUUGGGUGCUGCGCGACGAUUUUCGUUUGCCAAACUUGGACGAGCUUCGACAGAUGAUCACACCGGAAAUGUGUUGCGCGUAUUAUAGCAUGUUGGCCGCCCAGCAACGCCUUAAAGACGCCGGUUACGGUGAGAAGUAUUUUUUCACUCCAGAGGAAGGCGAAGAAGAUGAGGAUCACGUGAAAAUGGCUGAUGAGAUAAAAUGCGCACCUUGGAACACGACGAGGGCUUAUAUUUCCGCGAGCAAAGGAAAGUGCCUGUUGGACCUUAGCGGAGUAGCAGAUCCCACCGGAUGCGGCGAGGGAUUCUCUUACGUUCGAUUAUCGUCUAAACCCCAAAAGGAAGAACUUCCUACUCCUGUGAAACGGACGGUCACUGGAACUGACGCAGAUUUGAGGAAGUUGUCUUUGAAAGAUGCCAAGCAACUGUUGAAGGAAUUUGGAGUUAAAGAUGAAGAGAUAAAGUCACUGACGCGUUGGGAAAUUAUCGAUGUUAUCAGGACUCUGUCUACUCAGCAGGCUCGAAUGGGGGGUUCAGGAAUUACGAAGUUCGCUCGAGGCAGUAUGAGGUUUAGUCUGGCCGAGGUUCAAGAGCGCUAUAAUCACGAAUGCCAGCGAAUCUUCGACCUGCAGAAUAGGAUACUGAGUUCUCGUGAGGUGAUAAGCACCGAUGAAGAGGAAAGCGAAGCUGAUGAUUCUGACAUCGAAGAAAUGGGCAAACAUAUCGAAACUAUGUUGACCAGCAAAAAGGCGGUAUAUUAA